GUUUUGUGAAGGGCGGGGAUAAGCUUUGCUGUUGUCUGUCUAGUGUCUACCUACUCUGACAGAGCCAAGCCAGCAAGUGGCUAACUGAACGCGUACUCUAUUUAUGUGUGUAUCGUAGCUAUUGUUUUUGUAUUCAACCCUCGUUAGUUGUUCUUUGCGUAAGAUGGUUGUUUUGACAAAUAAUAAUGAGGAACAGGAUAUUAUGUGAGUGAAAAAGUCUAGCUAAAUGGUCUAACUAAAUUGGGAACUUGCGAGCUAGCUAGUAGCAAUCGACAAGCACAUUUGAGUCAUUGUUUUCAAACAUUGAAUAUUUGAUAAAUAGCUAGUCUGUAUCGUAGAUUUUGCCAGUUAGUUUAGCUAGCAGGUACAUUUGUAUAAAUGAAUGCUAUAUCAAUAUGUUUGUGCUUAACACUACAAUACGGGUAGCUAACGUUAACUAGCUAAGCUUGCAAGCUGGUGUGGUGGUACACAUCUAAAAUGUGUGUGUAGGUUUGCCGGCUACCGUUGGUGAAGGUGAACUAAGUUUAUCACAAAUGGCUUGUGUAUAUGUUACAUUGACGCCAUUUCAAGUGGCUGACCCUAGUUAGUAAAACUGGUUAGCAAGAUUUUUUUGUUGCUCGAGUCGUUUGUGACACCUCUGCUGCUCUCUCUCUGCUCAUGCAAAAAUAUUUGUAGCCAAUCGUUAAAUUAUCUGACGAGACCUCUUCUAUAUACACCUAGCUAUAGCUGUUACUAUUGUAACCAACAAUAUACUUCUUCAUGACAGAUCAUCAAGCAACCUCAUUUGCAUGAGUCAUUUGACAAUGAUAGGACGUUAGCUACAAUGUUGCCAUCUGGUCUAAAAGUGGUAACAGUGAAAAUCGACCAUUCAGAGCUCGAUAAUUUUAAUGGGGCGUGGCUUUGCAAUCUGAACCGACUGACCCACUUUUUAUGGUGGGGUGUCAUGUAACCUACAUCUAGCCUACUAUUCUGUGGUCAGUAUAACUGUAGCGAGAUUAUUCUAUUAGUAAGGCCAUUCAAUAUUAGUUACUAGCUACACUUGAACAAAUACAUAUUUUGUGAAGAGGUCACCACGAACACAUCAGUCAACACACUAAUUGAGUCCUCAUAAUCCUUGCUCUCUAUUUCUCCCAGCCUGAAAGAGGAGCGCAAAUGCACCUCUCUGCCCAACUCCCCAGCCAAACGUGCGUCUCCAACCAAGAAGAAACAGUUUUUCAUCAACCAGGCGGUACGCAACUCUGACCUCACACCCAGAGCCAAAGGCAAGAAGAGCCAAAGGCGGCAGGAGAACAGUAAGUUCUCAUGUCUGUCAGUGGGAAUAUUUCACUCUGCUGCAGAUGUUGGGUUGCUGCAGAUGGUAGAUGCCUGUUCAUCAUAGAUUCUUAAUACCCACUAGCUUGAUUGCAGCUGGUCUGAACGCAUUCAUUAGUCAUAGCCAAUAGCCAAACAGUAUUUUAUCAACAUGAUUUAACGAUGCUGCCUAUUCAUUUCUUCUCUCCCCCCAAAAAGGUCGCUACCUUGCCAAUCUACUUGAAAAAGAUGAGUGCUCCAAAGACGAGGCAGAGGUAUGCAGUGACCCUGCCCCACCUUCCAUCUUCACUGAGGCCUGCACCAAUGGCAACUACGUGGAGGUAGGAUUCUACUGGUCCCAACAAUUUAUCUUCAAUCAGGCCUCGCUUGUUGCAAGAGAGACUCGCUGAACGUUUUACCACUACUACCCCUAACUACAUUUUUGCCCCUAAGCUGUAGCUCAUUGUCCCCUUGUCUGUCUCCCAGCAAUGGAAUGACUUCAUGAAUCGCUCUGGAGAGGAGCAGGAGAAGCUUCUGGCCCUUCUGGAAGAGGAGGCCAAGAGGAGCAACUCCAACAAGCUCCCCAAGGACCAGAGAGCGGGUGAGAGCCCAGGAUCAAUGCCUGUCACAAUCCCAACAUGCACUGCCCUACAUACAAAGCUUGUAGCAUUAUGCUGUUGAAAGUUCAUUACCAAGCGUAUGUUUCGGUUGAUGUGUUUUAUCACUACAGGUCAGUAAACAACGAUGUUUGCCAGGAAAUAAAAUCUGUAAAUGAUAAAAAUCAGUGCUUCAUUGGUUUAAACAUGCUCAUUGUCAGGAUUUGGGGAUAUUUGACAUUGGGAUAUUUGAUAUGAACUGAUCACAUUUUUCUACUCUGCAGUGAAUCCAGCCUUCAGUGCUCAAGACUACUUCCAGAGGAUUGAUCGAAGGCUGCGUGCUACGCUGAAACGCAAACAAAUUCCCAUUGUAAGCAUCAACAUUAAUCAUUAUGAGAUUUUAAGACAUGUUUGCCAACCAUAUCAUGGGUUAACCAAAGAUAAAGACACUGUUAUCUGUGCUAGUGACACCUGUCCUCAUCAACACUUAAUUACACACUUUAACUUCUCUCUCUCAUUGCCAUUCUCCCCUCUGAUUGGUUUAGGGGACACUUGAGGUACUUGAAGAGAACCUUCUCAGUUUCUUUGGUGCUCAGCCUCACUCUGUUUACACCACCAACCUUGGAAGCAGGUACUUUUUUCCCUCUGAAAAUGUUCCCCAAACAGAAUUAUCAGAAGUGUUCUUUAAACAUUUGAGAAGCUCUUCUGGGCUAAUAUUUGGACUUGUAUAGAUACCAAUUAUGUGGGAAAUGUUGACCCAAUUAACAGAUUUCCAGUUGAAUGAACUGAUUUUGUGUUUUGUUUAUUAGCUUUGAGAGGCUACUGCUUCAUGCCGUCUGCCAGUACAUGGACCUUGUUUCAGCAAGUAAGUAGUAGAAUGACCAUGAAAUACAGUGGGGAAAAAAAGUAUUUAGUCAGCCACCAAUUGUGCAAGUUCUCCCACUUAAAAAGAUGAGAGAGGCCUGUAAUUUUCAUCAUAGGUACACGUCAACUAUGACAGACAAAUUGAGAAAAAAAAAUCCAGAAAAUCACAUUGUAGGAUUUUUUAUGAAUUUAUUUGCAAAUUAUGGUGGAAAAUAAGUAUUUGGUCACCUACAAACAAGCAAGAUUUCUGGCUCUCACAGACCUGUAACUUCUUCUUUAAGAGGCUCCUCUGUCCUCCACUCGUUACCUGUAUUAAUGGCACCUGUUUGAACUUGUUAUCAGUAUAAAAGACACCUGUCCACAACCUCAAACAGUCACACUCCAAACUCCACUAUGGCCAAGACCAAAGAGCUGUCAAAGGACACCAGAAACAAAAUUGUAGACCUGCACCAGGCUGGGAAGACUGAAUCUGCAAUAGGUAAGCAGCUUGGUUUGAAGAAAUCAACUGUGGGAGCAAUUAUUAGGAAAUGGAAGACAUACAAGACCACUGAUAAUCUCCCUCGAUCUGGGGCUCCACGCAAGAUCUCACCCCGUGGGGUCAAAAUGAUCACAAGAACGGUGAGCAAAAAUCCCAGAACCACACGGGGGGGACCUAGUGAAUGACCUGCAGAGAGCUGGGACCAAAGUAACAAAGCCUACCAUCAGUAACACACUACGCCGCCAGGGACUCAAAUCCUGCAGUGCAAGACGUGUCCCCCUACUUAAGCCAGUACAUGUCCAGGCCCGUCUGAAGUUUGCUAGAGUGCAUUUGGAUGAUCCAGAAGAGGAUUGGGAGAAUGUCAUAUGGUCAGAUGAAACCAAAAUAUAACUUUUUGGUAAAAACUCAACUCGUCGUGUUUGGAGGACAAAGAAGGCUGAGUUGCAUCCAAAGAACACCAUACCUACUGUGAAGCAUGGGGGUGGAAACAUCAUGCUUUGGGGCUGUUUUUCUGCAAAGGGACCAGGACGACUGAUGUGUAAAGGAAAGAAUGAAUGGGGCCAUGUAUCGUGAGAUUUUGAGUGAAAACCUCCUUCCAUCAGCAAGGGCAUUGAAGAUGAAACGUGGCUGGGUCUUUCAGCAUGACAAUGAUCCCAAACACACCGCCCGGGCAACGAAGGAGUGGCUUCGUAAGAAGCAUUUCAAGGUCCUGGAGUAGCCUAGCCAGUCUCCAGAUCUCAACCCCAUUGAAAAUCUUUGGAGGGAGUUGAAAGUCCGUGUUGCCCAGCGACAGCCCCAAAACAUCACUGCUCUAGAGGAGAUCUGCAUGGAGGAAUGGGCCAAAAUACCAGCAACAGUGUGUGAAAACCUUGUGAAGACUUACAGAAAACGUUUGACCUGUGUCAUUGCCAACAAAGGGUAUAUAACAAAGUAUUGAGAAACUUUUGUUAUUGACCAAAUACUUAUUUUCCACCAUAAUUUGCAAAUAAAUUCAUUAAAAAUCCUACAAUGUGAUUUUCUGGAAUUUUUUUUCUCAUUUUGUCUGUCAUAGUUGACGUGUACCUAUGAUGAAAAUUACAGGCCUCUCUCAUCUUUUUAAGUGGGAGAAUUUGCACAAUUGGUGGCUGACUAAAUACUUUUUUUCCCCACUGUAUGUAUAUAUUUUUGUGUGUGUGUACUUUUACCCCUUUGGUAGUUACAGUCUUGUCCCAUCGCUGCAACUCCCCUACGGACUCGGGAGAGGCAUGCAUCCUCUGAAACACGACCCUGCCAAGCCGCACUGCUUGCUUAACCCGGAAGCCAGCUGCACCAAUGUGUCGGAGGAAACACCGUCCAGCUGGCGGCCGAAGUCAGUUUGCAGGCGCCCGGCCCGCCACAAGGAGUCGGUAGAGCGUGAUGGGGCAAGGAAAUCCCGGCCGGCCAAAUUCCUUGUCCCAUCGCGCUCUACCGACUCCUUGUGGCGGGCCGGGCACCUGCAAGCUGACUUCGGUCGCCUGCAAACCCUCCCCUUACCCGGACGACGCUGGGUCAAUUGUGUGCUACCUCAUGGGUCUUCCGGUCAUGGCCGGCUGUGACACAGCCUGGAAUCAAACCCGGGUCUGUUGUGACGCCUCAAGCACUGCAUCGCAGAAUCCUUAGACCGCUGCGCCACUCGGGAGGCUGAAAUAUAUUAUUUCUAUAGUUAUUUAUGACUUUUAAAGCGACACUGACACCUAACCUACGCUUGUGGAAAAAAAACAUAUUUCUCCAAUAUUUUGAGUACGAAUAUUUAAAAAAUAUGCACAUUUUCCCACCAGAGGUUUGUUUCCAUCAAACUGACUUGUUGCAGUUUAAAGGCUGUGCGUGAUGACGUAGUGCACAUAAAAAAAACGUUUGCGCUAAAGUUCUCAUGUACCGAAUAAAAAACAUAAGUUCAAUGUGUUUCCAUUGCAUUUUCCACUCUAUCGAUGGUUUUGGUACACACACUGUUGCGAUAAAUGGCAAACUUGCCCAAUCUCGUUUUUUUUGCGCAUGCUCUUUAGACAACAGUUUGCUGAUAUAAUGGACAUUAGGUUAUAUGAUGAGAUGGAUAAGAGCAAGAUCAUUUUUAUUUGUUAAUUGGCAGCUAAGCACCGAUCAUAAUGUCACUAGCAUACAAAUAAAGACACUCAAUAUUUAUUGGAAAGAAGCAACAAGCUCAUCACGUGCACUUUCACCACCUUGUGAAGUGCAUUUCAAUCUAUUUCAUCUGGAGCCUAAUGUGCAUGCUUUGUCAAGUCGUAGUGGGAGGACCAUACAACAUAGCGUAGUGUGACUGCAAAUUUACCUCGACAUUAUGGUUAUUCUAUCAAAAAUUGCGCAAGAAAUCGUUUCCACCUAAAUUUGUUGCAUAAUUCAUUUUACCGACACACAAAGAUCCCACCAUAUCGAACAAACAAAUUGUCUGUCGACAUUUCUGAAAUUGUACCAACAGCUGUCGUGAUUUCUUUUUUUUUUUUAUACGGUAUGACUUUACUCGCAUAAAAACUGUGGAUGGAAAUGUGGUUAGUAACAUGAAAAUAGAGCCCCACAGUGGAGGUGUCAUAAUACCCAUAAACCUUGUCCUAGAGAGAUUUACAGUUAUCAAAACGUCACACCAAGGUAAGCCUACACAAAACACAGCCCUUAUUUUAAGUGUUGCUAAAAUCCCCUAUAGGAAAAAUGAAUGGUGUAAAAACGAUUGGAACCAUUUCCCUGUUUGACCGCUAGGUUUUAUGGGUAUAAUGACAUACUGUGGUACUCUAUAAUGAGUUAUGUAUUGAGAGAUGUUUUAUGUUGUCUGUGUGCUGCAGGCUCGGACUGUAACGGUGCUCGUCAGACUGAUGUCAUGAACAAACAGGAGGGCUUGUUCCAGCCUCCCAGCCCCAUGCUCUCUGCCUACCUGGAGCACAUGAGCUGAGAGACGGUCACACCGCUGGACAGAUGGGCCUGGUUCCAUUUCACUCCCUAGCCCCAUAAGUGCAGACUUGAAAGGUACAGAGAGGCAUAAGUAAGUGUAUAUAGGAUUACUCAAAUCUGAGCCUGGAAGUCCAGAGUACUGCUGGUUUGAUGUCACUAAUUAGCCAGAGAUUCCACUCACCUGGUGUCCCAGAUCUGAAUCAGUCCAUGAUUUGUUAGAAUGAAAAUCAACAGUGUUGCUAACAUUGAUGUCCAAAUUUAAGUAAGUUGUAAAUUGUGUUGACUCUACGUAGUCCACUCAUAUGCUUAGUGGAUGUUCUAUUGCUCUUAACUAUCCAAUCCAAUCCUUCAUCUAUCUGUGAACUUAAAAUUGAUGGCCACCAGGGUAAGGGGGCAGGGAUCAAAAUAGAACUGGGCCAGAGAGGGAGUAUGCAGCUCACCUUCUGUAUCUGUACUGAUGAAUUAAUUAGCCACUAUGAAUUGAAAAAAUAAAAACAGCUUUAGUGGUAGGACCAGGCUUAAAACCCUUGGACCUUUUCAUGCAACUUGAGUGAAGAAAGAGCGUGAUCAGAAACUAUUCUAUAGCACAGAACUCAUCACUAUGAUCAUUUGUCAAUGUAUAUGGCUUUAGAGGUAUAUCUAUGGUUUUCAUUACUUGUGCUGGUAAAAAAAAAAAUACUUGCAAACUCUCUUUGCACAAUAUUCACACUCUUGCAAGAAUAUAAAUCUAUCCACAAAGAUAUGGGCCACUUUCCAAUUUGACUUUGCAUGAUUGUGUUUUAUUUGGGGAGAAAGCUUUUCUAUUGUUUUGUCAAAGAUGUACACCAUUUGGCAGCUUUUGAUACUUGCAUGCAUAGACCUUGUGGUCUACUGUACUGAAUCCAGGUACAUUGUUAUUCCCCCAUUUGUUUACAUUAUUUAGCAAAUUAUGUAAGUUUACCAUCUGACAAUGAAACAGGUCAACUUCAAAAAAAUAAAUAUACAGCUUCAUAGAUUCUCUCAACUGCCAUUUGGUUUGGAAUGUCUAAUCAAAAAGUACUGUACUGAUUAUGUACAGUACUAAUGAGUUAAUAUAACACAACCUUCUUACUUGACAGCAAACCUGCUCUGUGCUUUGCCUCUCAGGCACUCUUUUCUAUCAUAAACCACCCCUGAACUAGCACUUAUGCCUUACGAAUGCAUUCCUGGAACUUUCAAUAAAUUCCCUGGU